AAAUACACCUGCUCCAGCGAGAAGCUAGUGAAGCCGCUUGCAAAUUCUGAUCCCAAGGCCCUAUGGAUUGGUUUCUUUGACUAUAUUCCCCGCUGGAAAAAGAACUCAGUGAUUAAGUACGCGACCUCGAGCCACGGCUACCCCAGUCUAGGAUACGCGGCGUACGCGGCAACCCAGCUACGCCUCGCAGCCGAGGAAUGGAACGAUGUGACGGGAGUGCCCGUUAAAUUCGAGUGGGUGGGUGACCUCGAUGAAGCAGCUUUUGUGCUGCAGUAUGGUGGGGAUAAAGGCACGGUGCUUGCCGAAGCAUUUUUCCCAGAUGAGAAGCCACUCAACAUUUUAUACGUGUAUAAGGGCUCGUUUCAGCCAACCAUGUUGCCAAUGUUGAGGAACAUCUUCCUUCACGAACUGGGGCAUGUAUUAGGAUUGAGGCAUGAGUUCGCGAACCAGGAGGGCGGCGCUGAGGGCGGCGCUGUGAAAUGGGGCAAGAGCAAUCCAGAUUCAGUCAUGUCCUACGUAUUCCCUCCCACGAUCCAAGAUUCGGACAAGACGGACCUUGUGGCCUUCUAUGAAUUUAGCGGCUCCAAGAUUGGC